GCUGCUCUGGGCGGCGCUGAGCUCCAGGAGGAGCCCCUCACCAAUCAGGAGCCGGAGGUCUGAAGCAGCGUCACAUUUCACAGCCGGUCCCACAGUUUAAGAGCAGCGAGUCUCUGCAGUCAGCUCCACAUUUCUCCUGAUCAGAGAGAGAAGAAGUCAUGGCACGAACCAAGCAGACCGCCCGUAAAUCCACCGGAGGCAAAGCCCCCAGGAAGCAGCUGGCCACCAAGGCUGCCCGUAAGAGCGCCCCGGCCACCGGCGGCGUGAAGAAGCCUCACCGUUACAGGCCCGGUACCGUGGCUCUGAGAGAGAUCCGUCGCUACCAGAAAUCCACCGAGCUGCUGAUCCGCAAGCUGCCCUUCCAGCGCCUGGUCCGAGAAAUCGCUCAGGACUUCAAGACCGACCUGCGCUUCCAGAGCUCCGCUGUCAUGGCUCUGCAGGAGUCCAGCGAGGCUUACCUGGUCGGCCUCUUCGAGGACACCAACCUGUGCGCCAUCCACGCCAAGAGGGUCACCAUCAUGCCCAAAGACAUCCAGCUGGCCCGCAGGAUCCGUGGAGAGAGAGCUUAAAGUCACCCGCUACCACACCAUAACAACAAAACGGCUCUUUUAAGA